AUGGGUAAGCUCGGAUGCAAUAUUGAUGGGAACCUGGAUGACACGAAGUUCAGCCAGCCAAUGCCAUGGAUUGGCCUCUACGUUGCAGCAGCGUCCCUGGCCUUCCUCAUCUCCAUGGCCGCUGAUGUCAUCCAAGGGAUCCGCCGCCAGAAGUUCUGGUUACCCUGCAAAUUCUCCUCUCUAAAUGCUACUUCCCUCACCUUGUUAGCUGUGGCAACCAAACUGUCGGUGGAUCUAAAUACGUCUAUGCCCCGCCGGCAAGAUCAGCUUGCAAAACUCAGCAGCACGAUCCUCGUCUGUACGGUAAUGGGUAAUUCUAUGCCUUCUCUUGGCACCAUGGAGAACAGCGAUAUGUUUAUGAAUAUUGUGGCCUUGGGAAUACUUGUUAUUACUGUUAUUGUGAAUGUUUGCAUCCAAUUAGCCACUGGGGUAAUCUAUGUUUUCUGGGGAGAACAUGUUUUCAUCAUGUUUAUCAUGAUUGUUUUGCUUCUCCUCUUGAGUUUUUCUGCUCUGACAGUUCCAAACACUAAGCAGUAUUUGGAACUCAAGUACAAUAAAAGGCACCAAUUAGCUCUCAAGGAAGGCUCGAAUGAAAUUGGUAAGUCAGUUGUCGACAAACUUAGAAAGGAUCUUAUGAAGUAUUGGGUGAUGGCUCAUACAGGCAGCCCCAGUUUGUGA